AUGGUACUCAAAGCUUCUAUUACCUUCGCCCUUGCGGCGGUUGGGAUGGCCGUGGGAGCGCCACCUCCAAUCUCUUCUGGAGUUAGCUGGAGGACGACAUUUAUUCCAAUUCCGGUCAAUGAUAUCCCCUACAAAGUGCCCAGCUGGAAUGGAGUUGAAGACCGUGGCGACUCUUUAAAAUAUGCCGUCAAUUCACUUCCGGAUAGCCCGCCGAUUCCUCCAAGUUGGGCAGGCCGUAUUGGUGUUCCAGGGGAGUCUGUAGAGAAUCAGAUGUUCUUCUGGCUGUUUGAAACGGAAGAUAAAGCAUAUGAUGAACAGCUUAUCAUCUGGUUAAAUGGCGGUCCUGGCUGCUCGUCUAUGAUUGGAGCUUUUGCGGAGAAUGGCCCCCUCAUGUAUGGAAAUUCAAGCAAAAUGGAACAGAACCCAUUUUCCUGGACCAAAUUAGGCCAUGUCCUCUACGUCGAUCAGCCUGUUGGGACGGGUUUCUCCAUUGCGGGUAAUCCAACUCCUGCCGUGAACAUUGAAAUGGUAACAAAUCUCUUCUACAAAUGGCUAAGGCAAUUCUUCACUACUUUUCCCCAUUUACGCCAAAAACGAAUCCAUUUGACGGGGGAGUCAUAUGCGGGAAUUUAUAUCCCAUACUUUGCGGAGCGCAUUCUCAAAAAUAAUGACGAAUUUCUCAUCGACCUGACCUCCAUUGCAAUUGGAAAUGGAGCAAUUGGUAAUAAUGUUGCUAUGUCCGAUGUAGUUGCUGGGGCUUAUAUUCGAAAGAAAGCUGGCGACCUGAAAAUUUCUCGGGAUAUCAUUGAUGCGUUUACUGAAGCAGAACGUAUCUGCGGCUUCGACUCGGUUUUAAAAAAUGGAACCCAAUACCCUCCCAACGGUCACUUCUACCUUCCCCAAACUCUCCACAAUGCAUCAGGUUUCACAGGAGACCAAGAUUGCAAUAUCAAGCCAAAGACUCCUAACGCGGUUCUCUCCUCUAUCCUCAACUCUACAUGCUACGGACAAUGCGCCAUCUACUCCACCGCUCGUGACCACAUCGACGCUAUCAGAGAAAAGGACUGUUUCAACAUGUAUAACAUUGAUUACAACUGCCAUACUCCAAACCCCCUUAUUCCCCUGACUAGCUAUCUCAACCGUGCAGAUGUUCAGACUGCCCUAAAUAUUUUACCGUCGAAGCAAAACACACCUCAUCGCUUCGAAGUCUGCAAUCAAACUAUUCUCGAUUCCCUUUUUUCUCCUUUGAUUCGGCCAAUUCCGCCAGCAGAGUCAAUCCUCCCUUCGAUCCUCUCGACAUACAAACUACCAGUUCAUCUCUACCAAGGCCAGCGUGAUAUGGUCAUAAACCAUAUUGCCGUAGAGCUCGCCUUGCAGAAUAUGACUUGGAACGGCCACCAAGGCUUCCAGAAACGCCCAAGUAUUCCGUUCGGAUCAAAAGUGAACAUCGGAAAGAAAGGAGAAGUUAAAGACCCAUCUAUGGUCGCACUAGCUGGUCUAUGGGCGUAUGAGAGGGGGUUGACCUACCAUCUUUUCAGAGACGCUGGACACGGUGUGCCUAGAGAUCAGCCCGAGGAAAUGUGGCAUUAUAUUAAAAAUGUGAUUGAUGGUGCCUGGAACGAGGGUCUCUUGAGAGGGGAGAGGGUUUUCAGUGCUUGA